AUGUAUACUCAUUUACUACUUCUCAUCCCAAUCCUCUGGGUUGGGAUUCAAGUCACUUUAAAGCUCGGUCGUGCCAUCUUUUCUCCAUUGAAAAACAUACCAGGCCCAUUCUGGACUAGGUUCACAUCAUUGUGGUACUUUAAACAACUUUACAAUGGAAAAUUUGAGCACGAAAAUAUCCGACUCCACCAGAAGUAUGGGCCCAUCGUCCGCAUCGCCCCCAAUCAGUACAGCAUUAGCGAUGUCUCUGCCAUCAAGACAGUCUACGGGUCUGGCUCCAAGUUCCCUAAAUCAGCUUGGUAUGACGGCUGGAAGCAUCCACAGCAGUGGACUGUGUUUGCAGAUCGAGAUAUCAAGAGACAUUCCGACACACGGAAACGGUUCACCAGCCUAUAUUCCAUGAGCUCGCUCGUGAGUUACGAGCCAUUCGUUGAUCGCUGCAUCGACAUAUUUUUUGCGAGAUUAGAUGAGUUCGCAACGAAGAAGCAAUCUUUCAAUCUAGGACAUUGGUUCCAGUGCUAUGCCUUUGAUGUGAUUGGAGACAUUACAUUCGGUCAAAGAUUUGGGUUCCUGGACCGGGGAGAGGAUAUUGAUGGCGCAAUAAGUGCCGUGCACAAUGUCAUGAUGUACAGUGCUCUAAUCGGCGUUUAUCCCGAAUGGCAUCCUCUACUAUUUGAGCCGAUGAGUAAACUAAAGUCGUCAGGCGCUGCAGGCAGAGCCUAUAUCAGCAAGUUUGUUCUUGAGAAGAUAAGCAUCCAGGAACACGAACGCAAGAAUACCAACGACGCCAUGACAGAGACAACUGGUCCACAAAACUUCCUAUCCAAGAUGAUGCAGGCUCGCGACCAGAAUCCCGAAAAGAUCACGGAUUACCAUCUCUUGAUUAUGGGUCAGUCAAAUGUGACCGCUGGAUCCGACACAACCGCUAUCAGUCUGUCAGGGAUCAUGUGGUAUCUCUUACAAAACUUCGAGGCACUUGAUAAGCUUCGUCAAGAGAUUCAAGAGUUUACCCAGCAAGGCCGUUGUAGCCAUGAAAUCACAUUCAAAGAAACCCAAGAAAUGCCAUAUCUCCAAGCUGUCAUGAAGGAGGCACUUCGGAUGCAUGCAGCCACCGGCCUCCCCAUGUGGAGAGUUGUUCCUGAAGGUGGAGCUCAACUCAGUGGACGCUUUUUCCCAGCAGGAACAACAGUUGGUGUAAACUCAUGGGUUGCUCAUUACGACGAGCAAGUAUUUCCUAAUGCCCAGAAAUUCCUACCAGAGAGAUGGUUGGAGGCUGAGACUGAGCCCGAGAAGCUGAAGGAGAUGAACCAGAUGUAUAUGCCGUUUGGGUUGGGCUCUCGAACCUGUCUUGGAAAGCAUAUCUCUAUUCUCGAGAUGUCCAAGUUGAUUCCGAGAUUAGUACGCGACUAUGAUUUGACAACCCUGAGGAAGACCAUGGACACGGAGAAUUAUUGGUUUGUGAAGCCAACGAAUUUUGACGUGCGUGUUUCCCUCAGGAGACAAGGAUCCCUGGAGUGA